AGCUCUACUCCGUGACUCGGGCGGGAAACUGAGGCACAAGGCAGCGGCAUCUGUUGCGUGGAAGUCUUUAUCGCCCUACACCCCAGAGCUUCUUCCCUUGACUCACUGCGGUUCCAUCAGCAAUACCCGUCUCCAAAGCUUCCCGGCUCUCGCUGCGGAGGGAACUUCCUCUUCUUUUUUCCUAAAAUAUCCUCAUUCAUGUUCUUUUUUUCAUGAACGCCCCCAGUCGUGAUUUCACACACAGCUCUCUCUCCUCUCCUUGCAUUGACCUUUGCUUUCACUCUCUCGCUUCCUUACAUUUGGCCCAAGUAGACCCUGAUGUUGGUGUUUUGGGGGCAACCACAGGCAACUAAUGUGGACCAUGCCUGGCUCAUACUUGACUUAAUUUGAGACCGGGUGAGAGGUGGUGUAGAGCUCCGUAAAGGGAGUCGAAUGACUGGGUUAAGCUAUUUCGUUUGACCUGGAUCUAAUCACUAGGCUCUCCAAGCCAACUUCUUUUCUCUAAGUAAGGAAACUGGAUUAGCUCAACUCUAAAUCCCUGCUUCCCAGCUGUAAAACCUUUGUCUCCUCAAGCCAUUCACUAAACGUUGGACAAUCACAGUCCCCAGACAAUCACAUAUCCAGUUUACAUGCCAUUUAGAUUUGAACCCUAUUUUGGGUAAGAUAAAAAUAGAUGUUUUGGUUUGUUUUUUUGACAUUUGACAAGCUAUCCACGGUAGUGCACUGAUUGGGUUUCAAACCAAGAUACUGGAUUCUCCCAGUUCAGAUAAAGAGCUCUGAGCAUGUAACAGUGAAAAUGGAUAACCUGCAUUCACAGCGCACAGACUGAAGACAUGACACUUAAGGAACACACGUGGACUUGUGGCACAUGGAUAUGUGUGCACAAAAAGAGGAAAUCUGUCAUUCUUUAAAGAUAGGAAGACAUUCUUCCUCACCAACAUGGGUACUUUCUGCUCAGUUAUCAAGUUUGAAAAUCUCCAAGAAUUAAAGAGACUGUGCCACUGGGGCCCCAUUAUAGCCCUCGGUGUUAUAGCAAUAUGUUCUACGAUGGCCAUGAUUGACUCUGUGUUGUGGUAUUGGCCCUUACAUACAACUGGAGGAAGCGUGAAUUUCAUCAUGUUGAUAAAUUGGACGGUCAUGAUUCUUUAUAAUUACUUCAAUGCCAUGUUUAUUGGUCCUGGCUUUGUCCCUCUGGGGUGGAAACCGGAAAAUUCUCAGGAUAGCAUGUACCUCCAGUAUUGUCAAGUCUGCCAAGCAUACAAGGCACCACGGUCACAUCACUGUCGAAAGUGUAACAGGUGUGUGCUGAAGAUGGACCAUCACUGUCCUUGGAUCAACAACUGCUGUGGUUACCAAAAUCAUGCUUCAUUCACACUGUUUCUCCUGUUAGCACCAUUGGGUUGUAUUCAUGCUGCCUUCAUUUUUGUUAUGACGAUGUAUACACAGCUUUAUAACCGGCUCUCCUUUGGGUGGAACACGGUCAAAAUUGAUAUGAGUGCAGCCCGGAGAGAUCCUCUUCCAAUUAUUCCGUUUGGAUUAGCUGCAUUUGCUGCCACCUUGUUUGCCUUGGGAUUAGCUUUAGGAACAACCAUAGCCGUUGGGAUGUUGUUUUUUAUCCAGAUAAAAAUAAUUCUCAGAAACCAAACUUCUAUUGAAUCAUGGAUUGAAGAAAAGGCUAAAGAUCGAAUUCAAUAUUAUCAGCUAGAUGAAGUCUUUGUUUUUCCUUAUGACAUGGGGAGUCGAUGGAAGAACUUUAAGCAGGUAUUUACCUGGUCAGGGGUCCCAGAAGGAGAUGGACUGGAGUGGCCAGUCAGAGAAGGCUGUCACCAGUACAGCUUAACAAUAGAACAGUUGAAACAAAAAGCGGAUAAAAGAGUAAGAAGUGUUCGGUAUAAAGUAAUAGAAGAUUACAGUGGUGCCUGCUGUCCUUUGAACAAAGGAAUCAAGACGUUCUUCACGAGCCCCUGCACGGAAGAGCCUCGGAUACCGCUGCAGAAAGGGGAGUUCAUUUUGGCCACGAGAGGGUUACGAUACUGGUUGUAUGGAGACAAAAUUCUUGAUGAUUCCUUUAUAGAAGGUGUUUCAAGAAUCAGAGGGUGGUUCCCUAGAAACUGCGUGGAGAAGUGUCCCUGUGAUGCUGAGACAGAGCAAGCCCUAGAGGGCGAGAAGAAAAACAGAUAGCCACGAUCAAAAUCCAGUGAUUCUUUAAGUCCACCCCAUUACUUGAAAAUUGUGCAUAUCACUAAAGAAUUAUGCAAUGAGCCUACUCUGGUUAAGGUGUUCUUUUCCUCAAAGGUGCCCUAGUGCCAUGAUCUAAAUAUUGUUAUGAACAUUUUGAAAUGGAGAAGCCAUUCUGCAUAUGCCUUUGAAUUCCUGCCCCUCUUGGCCACCUCUUCCUCGCCCCAAAAGGAAAAAACACUUCACCCCAGUAAGUCAAUUGCAUUUUCUCUCGGGUGUUUUACGCACUGCACACUAUGGACCUCACUCGCAGAUAUUGUUCCCCCUUUGCCAGGAGCAUCUGCAUGUGAUGCUUCUGUCCCGUUUCCCCCUCAGUUGGUAUUUCUUAUGUAAUAUUCUAGAUACUGUAGAACUUAAUUUGUCAGAUUCAAUAUAAGCUCAGAUUUUGUUACCUGUCUUUUAAUAAUGCUUAUUUUGUCAAAUCAAAUAAAGAUCAAUGGAUGUUCUCUAUAAA